UUUUCCCCUCUCUUUGCCACCGCCCACUCCCGACAGGCUGACAACCUAGACAGCUCCCCCGGACUUGUCUUUACUUUUCCACAUCCUCCCACUCGGUUUAACCCCACACUCACGACGCGGAUGGGCCGCCGGAAGACCCACCGAGCAUGCGCGACCAUACCGAGCAUGCUCAGUAGCGCGCGAGGCGCCCCGGAGCUCCUCCACCGAGCCGCGGUCGACGCGGAGGUCUCCGCGGCUUCUGCGGGAGCGGCAGGAAGUGAAGCGGCCGGGCCCGGCGACCGCGGCGGUAGAAACAGAAGCGGAAGGGGCUCUUCGGCGACGACGUCGUCCCCCGGGGUGGCCGAGGGGGCUGAGCGCCGAGGGGAGUCGCCCGCUCGGAAGCCGGAUCCCGAGCCGGGAAGGAUGGAUCACCACCAGCCCGGGACUGGCCGCUACCAGGUGCUUCACAAUGAAGAGGAUAAUUCAGAAUCAUCUGCUGUGGAGCAACCAUCAACUUCCAACCCAGCACCACAGGUUGUACAGAGCACCCCUUCAGCAGCAGUACUAGAAACUGACUCUUCUCCUCCACCUUAUAGUAGUAUUACUGUGGAAGUACCUACAACUUCAGAUACGGAAGUUUACAGUGAGUUUUAUCCUGUGCCACCUCCCUACAGUGUUGCUACCUCUCUUCCUACAUAUGAUGAAGCUGAGAAGGCCAAAGCUGCUGCAAUGGCAGCUGCAGCAGCAGAAACAUCUCAAAGAAUUCAGGAGGAAGAAUGUCCACCAAGAGAUGACUUCAGUGAUGCAGACCAGCUCAGAGUGGGUAAUGAUGGGAUUUUUAUGCUGGCGUUUUUCAUGGCAUUUAUUUUCAACUGGCUUGGAUUUUGUUUAUCCUUCUGUAUCACCAAUACCAUAGCUGGAAGAUAUGGUGCCAUCUGUGGAUUUGGCCUUUCAUUGAUCAAAUGGAUCCUCAUUGUCAGGUUUUCAGAUUAUUUUACUGGAUAUUUCAAUGGACAGUAUUGGCUUUGGUGGAUAUUUCUUGUACUUGGUCUGCUUCUUUUCUUCAGAGGAUUUGUUAAUUAUCUAAAAGUCAGAAACAUGUCUGAAAGCAUGGCAGCUGCUCAUAGAGCAAGAUAUUUCUUCUUAUUAUAGAGACUGCAUCGACCAGACAUUCCUUUCUGACACCAAUGUGAAACUUCCAGACAUCUGUAAACCUACAACUUUAAUGGGAUAGAAGACUACUAAAAACAGAAGACCGAUUAGUGACGAAAAGAUAGAGCUUCCAAAUUGAAUGGCAGGGUGGUUUACGCUUAAAAGCCAUUUCUGUUCAUUCUCUUAAAUAUUUAUAUUUCAUUUGUUUUGCACAUUUGCAUAUGUGCCCAUUUAAAAGAUUUGCAUAUACUUGGAAGAGACCGUAAAGUUGUAGCAGUAAAGUCCAAUCACAUUUGGUUAAUCAGUGUUUGAUAUAAUUGAAAGAGUUGAGUGAUAGCCAGUCUUCCAGCAUGAAAUGCCAUUGACUUCUGACCUGACUUUUAGUAUAAUAAAAAUAAAAUUAUUACCCAUGUCGAAUGCUUUAGUUUCUGGCUCUUAGAUUCACGUAGUAACUCCACACGUGAAGCAUCCUUUCUUAUAUACAAGGGUUUUGAAACGUGCAUUGCUGACUAUUAGAAAGGCUUUGUCAGAUUUUUGAACAUGAUAUUUAUAUCAUUAUUUAGCAAAAUUCUUUCUGUAAAUAACCAUACAUAAAUUACUUUCUGCAGUGUUUUCUUAGAAAUGUGUCCAGAUAUCUUUUCGUUAAUUUUAAAUUAAGUGAACUUAAUAUAUAGAGAAAAUUUGGGUGUUAAAGAUAGAUUGUUUUAGGACAAAUUUUAAGAAAAUGUGGGUAUUCAAUAUGUCCUUUACAAGAUAAUCUUUUUUUUUUUUUUUUUAAAGGACUUGCCAGUUUUAGGGGUUCUCAAAUGAGAAGCUUGGUUUUUAGCAUUGCCUAUUGUAGAGAUUCUUGCAGGAGGAGAUUGUGUUAGAUAUUAUAUUUAUUUCAUUUAAGACAUUUUUGAAAAUUAAUUUUCUGAUAAGAUAUUCUCAUUUGCAUUUAUCUUUUAAAAAGCCAAUAAAAGUAUCUUUCAACAUCAUUGUAAUAAUUUUUUCCUUUAGAUGUUUAGUUUCUGAAACUUAGCAAAUAAAAACUUGUACAUUAACAGCUUCUUGCAUUGUAAUUGUAGGAUUAACUUGUAAAAAUCAUAUCCUAAAUUGAGAUAUGCAAAAUAUCUGUUUUAAAGUUCUGGAAAUAUGUCUGUGGAAUAUAGGGAUAUGGGGGGUGUGUGUGUUGCGAGAGUAUGUGUGUAUGUGACCAUUAUUACAACUGGAAUCGACUUUACAUCCAUAAGCUACUACAUUUUGCAAAUCAUUUUAUGUCUCAUCUGUUUUCUUUUCAGUUAUAUCUUUGCUUUUGAAUGCCAACAUUAAAAAUGAUGGGACUUGUGUCAUCUUUUAAACUUAAAAAUCAUUUAAUGCAGCUAUAUAGAAUAUAUAAAAUUGCUUGUUUCUUACUAGACACUGACUACUACUAAAAGAUACAUCUAAAACUAUUCAGGGACAUUUUUCCAUUUCUGAAAAAAUAAAAUUUAUUAUGCUUUAUAACUUCUUUUGUAUUUCUCUGUAUUUUCUGAUUUUAUUUCAUUGUCUUUGAUAAAUAAAACAUGCAGCUUUGUUUUGCUAA